UAUUAUUUCUCUAAUGUUUUAAAAAAUUCUAACCUAGUUUUGAAUCUUCCUGAAUCCUGUGUUUAUAUAAAUAAAUCUGUAAAACUACGCUUCGUUCUUCGCCAAUAAUAAUAACAAACAAAACCCUUGAUUACCAUACCAUAGCGCUUGUUCAUUCGAUUUCCCAAUCAUGGUAGCUAAACCAAUUAUCACCGAGCUUGUUGCUCUUACAGAGAAGAAGAUGGACAUGACUCUAGAUGAUAUAAUCAAAAUGUCUAAAAACCCAAAACCUAGGAAGCAAACAAGGGUUUCGAACAAGAGCAAAACGUUUACAAACACUCUUGCACAAGAUAAGACUUUUAAGGUGGGACGUUAUAUGGACUCGAGAUCUUCUCUUAGACAAGGAGUUCUUGCAAAAAGAAGGUCGAAUUUCCAAGGAAACCAAUUUCCCCUUGCUACUGAGGCUGCACGAAAAGCUGUUGCAGCUCCUCUUCACUAUGGAGUUUCUAAUCAAAAUAAGAUGGCUAAAUGGAAUAAAACAAGGUUCCACACCCCUGUGAAUCAGAGAAGGGCCGCUAGUGGAGGUUUUACUGCUAAGCCACUGCCUCCCUAUCUGCAGCAACAUCAGCAUCAUCAUCAGAAGCAGGAGGAUGUCAAUAUAAAGACUAAGCAAAGGCCACAGACACUGGAUUCACUGUUUGCAAACCUGAGGGAGCAAAGAAUGAAAGUUUUUUCAAGGCAGAACAAUUCUGUGCAGCACAAUGGAGCUGGUAGCCGGAGGCCACAAUGGGGAAGAGGUCGAUUUGGCAACUGACAAGAUGGUUUGGUUGAUAAUUUCAUGGUGUCACUUUCAGAACUGUAGUAUGUUUGGCUUGCUGUAUCGAAAAUUCUUGGUUGACUCUAACUGAGAUUUCCAUUCCUAGCAGGCUAGUUGUAUUUUAAUGUAUGGAAAAUCUUCACCUUUAUCAUUUAAAGGUGUGGGUACAUGUUAGCAACAUCCGUACUUUUAUUCAUUUGCUUUCAUUGUAUAGUAGUUUUCUUCCGUGGCAUUUGCUUUGACUCGGAUUGAUGAAUGCGGUCUAGCUUAUGCUGCUAUAUGGAAUUCCCAGCUGUUAGCAAUAUUGAAUAAGAAUGCUUCUAGUCUUUUUACUACAAGAUUUUAAUCAAUAUAAAGUUUAUCAA